CAUAUCAUUUCUCAAAACAAAACCCACUCGCCGCUAGGAGCAAGAAAACUCACGCCACGAAACUACACUUCAACCAUGUUGGGAUUUACCGAACGGGGAUUACUUUUUAAAAGCAAUUCGGGCUUUCGGCAAACAGUGACGACAGUUAUCUUAAUUUCGUUAGUGCUGUGCACGGCGUUACCGGAACAAUCACCAAGCGCAGAACCGGAUUCUUCUGAUGCCAACGAAGUGAAUAAAUUAAAACACAGCAAAAAACGACCGCAUCGGUACAAAGUCAGGGGAGUCAAAUGGUGGAUUCUGGCCAAUGCUGACCAACCUUCAAAUGACCUCAAAAGUGCAAUGUCAACCGUCCAAAUCAGCAAAAGUCUGCAACCGCUCACAAAGAAACAGCGCCGCCUAGUGACAAAAAAUCCAGGUUCCUUACAAGCAAUCAUCAAAGGAGCCAAGAUGGCGAUUGCGGAGUGUAAAUUUCAGCUGAAGGCCCGGCGGUGGAAUUGCCCCACGAAGGACAGCAGUCACGGAGGGUCGAUUUUCGGGAAGAUGCUCCACACUGGUUCGAGAGAAACAGCAUUCAUAUAUUCCUUAACAAGUGCAGCAGUGACCCACGCUACAUCCCGCGGCUGCAGUGAGGGCAGUAUAUAUACCUGCCAGUGUGAUUAUCGGACAAACAAACCCAGCGGCCGGGACUGGCAAUGGGGCGGCUGCAGUGACAACGCCGCUUUCGGGCAUAAAUAUUCUCGAAGUUUCGUGGACGUGGUCGAGAGAGGGCGAGAUUUGAGAUACAUGAUGAAUAUGCACAACAAUGAAGCGGGUAGAUUGCACGUCGCCGAGGAGAUGAAACAGGAAUGUAAGUGUCACGGAAUGUCGGGGAGCUGCACGAUGAAGACUUGCUGGAUGAGAUUACCCACGUGGCGCAAGGUCGGCAACAUGUUGAAGGAUAAGUUCGACGGAGCAACGAGAGUCGUCGGUGGUAACGCUGGAAAUACGGGAAGAAGUCGGCGACCGAAGAAGUUUAACCUCAUCCCGCAUGAUGCGACGCACAAACCGCCGACAGCCAGAGACAUCGUUUAUUUCGAGAAUUCGCCGUCAUUCUGUGACCGAUCGAGCACUUUCGGCCAUGCUGGCACCAAAGGACGGGAGUGUAAUGCCUCGUCGAUAGGGACGGACGGGUGCGACAUCAUGUGCUGCGGCCGGGGCCAUAAGACUGAGAGUUUCAUAGUGAAAGAGCGAUGUAGUUGCAUCUUUAAGUGGUGUUGUACUGUGCAUUGUGAAACAUGUACGCGGACUAAGUUGAAGCAUACUUGUUUAUAGUUGAGGUUGGACGAAGAAGACCCUUACCCUUUGGUUAGAGUGGACCUUAAUGUGUUGGGAGAGCCUGCUGAAUAAUGUGUUUCAGUAUACCUUGAUGGCCACGACACGGCAUUUUACACCAAGGGAAACAUCUUGUGUGGACUACUAUAAAAUCGAUGUCGAUGCACAUUCUGUUUUGAGCGACAAUUCUUCUGGCUGCAUUACAGUGACAUACGCCUCGGUAUUUUUUUGGCUUGGUCUAAAGUGGGAAUGUAGCGCUUCGGCUGUUGUCCGUCGCUACGGCGGUUGUUUGGUCAUGUAAAUCAUCCGAAAGCGCAGUUAGAUUGACGUAGAAAUACAUGUCUACUGUAUAUCAUCAUUCGAUGCCAAACGCACCUGUCCAUGAUUGGUUAACUGUUGAUUACCAAGUACCCACUGAAACCGAGGAAAGUGUUGGCGUGGCGGCAACUGCAGGGGAAAACACUUAAUGGAAUCAGUGGUUAAGUGGUUCGGUCAGAUUCUAACUUUGUUGGACAUGUUUCGUAACUGGUCACCGGUAAAGGUGUGAACUUUAUUUACUGACAUGAGAGGCUUGUAUAUAUGUGUAGCUGUGCCAAAAACUGCAUUACGCACAUCAUUUACUGCAAAUGUUAAUGUACUUUUAUAGAAAUAUUGUAAAAAAAACACACCAUAAUUUAUCAAUAAUGUAUGUUGUAAAAAUGCAUCUGGAUGUACAUAUCAUGUAUAUAAACUACUAAUAUAUAUUAAUUGGUGUCUGAGACAUCUGCACAGAGAACAGCCGAUCAAUUAGGGACUGAAGAUUUCGAUCAGGACUACAGCGCAACGGCAAAACUUGUAAAGCCGGGUAGAUACAUCUCUAUUUCGCUUGAGUUGAAUAUUCAAGUUUGAAAUGUGAAGUAGUUUCAGCUGAAAUGCUUGUUAAGUGGAAAAUAAAUUGAGUUCACGUACAACAAUGAAAUUUGGGGAUACUCCAGGGCCCGGUUGUUCAAAGCUUUGUUAGUUUAGCGACUGCUGAGUUUUAGUGACCGCUACUAAACUUAGCGGGAACCUUGGGGUGCCGCUAAAACUUUGCGGUGACAUAGGGGCAGUUAAGCCUAACGGCACAAAUUUGGUGGCAUGCUAAGAUAACGGUAGUUUAGCGGCUGCCAAGCCACCAUUAGCAGCUAGCGGAGCUUUGAACAGCCGGCUCCAGAACGUUCUUUACAGUCUAUAUACAUUGUAUUCUCAUACCGCUUAUCGUUGAGGCCAUCAAAAAAGGCAAAAGCGCAGUGCUUCCGUAUGGUCGACCACUAGCGCCAGUUUUGCAACUAACUCCCAACAUUAAUACCUCGUUCAUUUUAUUUCGAUUUUAUGGUAAGAAGACAGUUCUCUGACUCUACCUAAUUCCUGUUCUGGGCGCCUCAUACUCGUCAUCACCGAUAUGCUAUACAGUUUUAUUAAUUUUCGGAAAAGCUGUGGUGGUUUUAUGGCGCUUGCGUGGUAAGAUUUGAGAAACUAUUAUAUGGCUUGUGUUUUGGCGAGAAUAAGUAUCAAGGGUGUUGGCAAGUUACCACGCUUCCUGUCUAGAAAACCUACACGUUGAUGUCCAACACCAUCCGGUUCAGUUCUAAUAUGGCGACUUUGGCGGUGUUGGAAGAGGGUUUCCGUAGGUUUUUUUGUCCAGAGAUCUUUACUCUUUCCAAGAAACUCAUAGGCACCGACAAACCACAAAAUAACUGCCAAAUUACGUUAUAGUGACUUUCCUUUUGCCCGAUCAUGGAGUUGUUUUUCUCUCUUAAUGUUGGUUUUAAUGGUACUACAAUGAACCGUUGAUGAUGUAAAUACAAUGGCCGCCAAAUUGAACCUCCAAAUAUUAAUUCCUUGAAUCGAGCAUUAUUGCAAGAUACAUGAAGGAGAACGAAUUGGGUGUCUAUAUCUGAUUUGCCUGAACUCACAAGCAUCUUAAUGUAUGACCAUAAUCUACUGAAGGUACUGUUAAUUCCUAAACAAUUGGUAAAAACAAUAUGGUCGGACUAUCAAAAUUGGGUCGGUCACCACUUUCGCACCGAUAUUCGGGCCCUGAAUGUCUGAUUUGUCUUUCGCAUCUGCACACCGCUCGAUAACUACGUUUGAGCGUAUACGUGUAUAGUACCCUCUCAAACAUGUUGCAAACUUUGUACAAUAUGUAAAUGUCAAUAUUUAUUAUCGGUACGGUUUAAUGUGUAUAUAAACAAUGAAGAUAAUUAAAUCAAUAAAUAUGAUUAUUUGUUGUAA